AUGACCUACACAAUCUACGAAGGCUUCGUCCUCCAAACAAAGCGCUCCCUAACCACCCUCUCCGACAUUCUCCGCAAAGCCCAGGAACAACCCAAUGCUUCGGAACUGCCAUCCUCUCGCCUUUACGAGGACAUGAAAUCUCUCAGCUACCAAGUCUUCGCCGCAACCACACACACACUCAUGGUCCUGGCGAAAUUGAACAACACCCCCUUCCCCGACGUGGACGCAAGCAAAGAUGUCCUCUACACAUAUGAAGAAAUGCACACUCGUAUCGAUGAGGCUCUCAGAGCCAUCGACGCUACGGACAAGAACUACAUCGUUGAGCACUGCGAGGAUGUCACGCCUGCUCCGCUCGGCCCCAAUCUGCAGCCUUUUUCGGGUGUCGCGUACGCUGGAAUUUUCCAGGCGAAUAUAUUCUUCCAUGUCACUACUGCGUAUGGUAUCCUGCGAAAAGAAGGCGUGCCACUCGGAAAGAGGGACUAUCUUACGCCAUUUGUUAUGAUUCAGGAAUAG